GGACACCUCACACCUCAGCUUUGGGAUAGGCGGUGGACAGUAAACAGCGGUAGUGAUCGAGCAGCUCCUCUUCAGCAGCCGCGGUGAGGUGAGCGAGUAGGAGCGACUCUGUCAGUAGCAUCAUGGCGGAGCAAAGUGACUCCCCGGCGGCCGUCCAAACCCCGCAGCCGGCGGCGCUCACCACCACCAGCUGGCCCAUUGUCAAGGAGGCGUACGAGCUGCAGGAGGUGAUCGGUAGUGGAGCCACAGCAGUGGUCCAGGCAGCUCUGUGUAGCCCUCGACAGGAGCGUGUGGCCAUCAAGAGAAUCAACCUGGAGAAAUGCCAGACCAGCAUGGAUGAGCUGCUGAAAGAGAUUCAAGCCAUGAGCCAGUGUAACCAUCCAAACGUGGUCACCUACUACACUUCAUUUGUUGUAAAAGAUGAACUUUGGCUGGUCAUGAAACUCCUGAGUGGAGGAUCGGUGUUGGACAUCAUAAAGCACACUUUUAGUAAAGGAGAACAUAAAAACGGUGUAUUGGAUGAAUCCUCAAUAGCGACCAUAUUGAAGGAAGUACUGGAAGGAUUGGAUUAUCUUCACAAAAACGGGCAGAUUCACAGGGACGUGAAAGCAGGGAAUAUUCUACUAGGAGAAGAUGGAUCAGUGCAGAUCGCAGAUUUUGGUGUAAGUGCUUUUCUGUCCACCGGUGGAGACAUCACUAGACACAAAGUGAGGAAAACGUUUGUGGGGACUCCGUGCUGGAUGGCCCCUGAGGUAAUGGAGCAGGUACGGGGUUAUGACUUCAAAGCUGACAUUUGGAGUUUUGGAAUCACUGCCAUUGAACUUGCGACAGGCUCUGCGCCGUACCACCGGUACCCUCCUAUGAAGGUUUUAAUGCUCACUCUGCAGAAUGAUCCUCCUACUCUGGAGACCGGGGUCGAGGACAAAGAGAUGGUUAAGAAAUACGGAAAAUCUUUUAGAAAACUCAUAUGCCUGUGCCUUCAGAAGGACCCGGCGAAGAGGCCCACCGCUGCAGAGCUUUUGAAGUGUAAAUUCUUUCAAAAGGCAAAGAAUCGAGAAUACUUGAUUGAAAAGCUGCUUAGUAAAGGACCAAACAUAAGCCAAAGAGCCAAGAAGGUCAGAAGGGUUCCAGGAUCAAGUGGUCACCUACACAAGACCGAGGAUGGAGACUGGGAAUGGAGUGAUGAUGAGAUGGAUGAAAUAAGUGAAGAGGGGAAGGCUGCUGUCAAUCACGGAAGAUCACGCAGGGUCAAAGAAGAAAACCAGCAUGUUGAGGUGAAUGCCAACAGUCUCCCGGUAGAGGACUUGUCCAUUCAGCAUCCCCAGGUUCAACCGUUGGAGAAACCACUGAGUGUUCAGGGAACUGUGAACAUGGUCCUGAGGUUAAGGAACUCGAGGAAGGAGCUGAAUGACAUACGGUUUGAAUUCACUCCUGGGAAAGAUACGGCUGAAGGAGUUUCUCAGGAGCUUUUUUCUGCUGGUCUGGUCAAUGGACAUGAUGUUGUAGUCGUGGCUGCUAACCUUCAGAAGAUUGUAGAAGACCCAGUUACCUAUAAAGUAUUGACUUUUAAGUUGGCGUCAGGCUGUGACAGCUCAGAAAUCCCAGAUGAGGUGAAGUUGAUUGGCUUUGCACAGUUGAGCGUCACCUGAUACACGUCUCAUUACCACAGCACAGCAGAGGAGAGGACAGGAGGAGGAUGACGGCGGCUACUAGGGUGUUUCUUUUGGAAGGAACCAAAUGCUACAGGAACUGGCAGGAGGAGGGUUUGGUACCACGCUGAAGACCUCUGCAAACUCUCACUUCCUGUUCCCAGCUUUAACUUUUCCCCAAAUCACCUGCAAUCUUCCACAAGAAUGUUUGCACCUUUGCAAUCAAAAAUAGCACUCUCAUUCAAAAACAAGUUCUGCAAAAAUAGUUUUCUUAAUCAGUAUUUUUCCAGUCAAAAAUAUCUAAACAUCAUUAAAAUAAGAUUGGGAACUUGAGAAACUAAACUGAAUAAGAUAAUAAAGACCUGUUUUCAGAGAAUAUAUUUUGAAUGAUAUAAUUUAUUAAAUAUGAAUAAUUUUAUAAUAUAAUUUAUUAUUGUUUUAAUUUAUUCAUUUAAGCAUAAAUCUAUUUAAAAAUGCUUAAAACAAAAAAUGGGUUCAGAAAAUUAAACCAUUUGCAUUAUUAAUACAUUAUUAAUUACAUACAAAAUACAUUAUUAAUAAAUAAGAAUAACAUUAAAUGAAUACAUUAAAACAAUAAUAAUUAUUUUAUCAUUAUUAAUAUUAUAUAACAUGUAUUGCACAUUAUAUAAUUAUUACAAUUAUUAUUAUACAUUAAUUGUAUAUUAUUAAAGGUUUAUUACUAUGCAUAUACAUUUUUUUCACACAUUUUGUUUGAAUAUUUUUACAGGAAAAAAAUAUGGAUUAAGAGAAUUGUUUUUUGCAGGACACACACGUGCGCACACACCUGCUCUGUUCCCCAAAAACUCCACUUGCAAUGACCUUCACCAACACAUUUCCCAAAACUCAAAGCAGGAUCCCCUCAUCUCAGGAGGCAAUAGCUAGUGAAACAAAAAAUUUUUUUUUUUUUUUUUUUUUUUUUGUAUUAUGAUUGUUAUUGCUUUUGACAAAAGCUCUUACAGAGUAUUAUUAUUAUUAUUGAAAAAAUGCCUUUUAAUUAUUUUUCUCCUAUAUGUAUUUGGAAAGAGUAGCUUCUUAUGCGCAAAUUGUAAACCUGAAGCGGAGAUGCGUCCUCCCUCUGAAUGUAAAAAGCAUUUUCAUUUUCAAUGUUAUUUUAACACAUUUGAACUGCACUAUUGUACAUAGAGAAAUUCUGAUGUACAAUGAAAACAAGGGAAUCUUUUUUUUUUUUCUCUAGCUUAAAGGAUCAGUUCUUUCAAAAAUGAAAAUUAUGUCUUAUUUACUCACCCUCACGUUGGUCCAAACCUGUAUGACUGACUGACUGACUUCCAUGGAACAAAAAAGACAACAUUUUGACCAAUUCUACUUGUUCCUCUUUCCCACGGAAUUACAAAAGUAUGAGUACUUGGGCUUUCAGGCUUCAAAAUAGAUGUAAGAGCAUGAUUUAAGUACCAUAAACAUUGUUUAAACAAUUGUGCACUAUAUUCCAAGCCUUCUAUUAGUUUUAAGAAACAGACCAAAAUUAAUAGUUAAAUAGUUAUUCACUAAUAAUAAACUGUCUCUUAAAAAUAUAGUGCAUAUGGAUUUUUUAAUGGCGCUUUUUUUAUUUGUUAUUUUUUUUUGGGAGAUGGCAGCCCCAGUCCUCGUUUACUUUCAUUAUAUGGAAAAGAGUGGCUAAGAUAUUAUUAAAAAAAAAUAAAAACAAACACUCUUUUGUGUUCCAUGGAAGCAAAAAUGUCAUAUGGGUUUGGAACAACGUGAAGGUGCGUAAACGAUAACUGAAUUUUCAUUUUUGGGUGAACUAUUCCUUUAAAAGACUAUGACAUGAGAGAACAUGAAUGCUGCCAUGUGCAAAUAUACUGCAUUAUUUUCAGGACAGUGUUGAUGCUUCAUUGAUAGAGGUGCCUUGAUUCUUUAAAUCUGUGCCUAAAAUAUUUAGGUAACAAGCUUGAAGCUGUUUAAAGCCGAAUCUGUCUUUGUUCUGCUGACAUUGAGCAGUAAAAAGGUUGCUUUUUAAAAGCAGAUGUACAAUUCGUUUAUAGUAUUUGCACUGAUCAGUGGCUUGCAUUAAAGUAAACAGCUUAGAUUUCAUGCAGUGCAACAUACGUGCACCAGCGUCGCCAACGCUUUGACCCAGAGGAACCAUCCAGAUUUAACCCGUUAAAGCUUUGUCAUGUGACAAAGAGGUCAUAACCACCACAACACACACUUUAAUCCUGAUGUAUUGUAUUUAAAAAGCCUAUUGAUGAUUAAGCGUCAUUUUACAGCACUUGAAUGUGUUUGGUUUUGAACCAUGUUUCGGUCUCUGACGCAGCUAAAGAUGUAUGAAGUAUUUUGUAAAGGAAACCAAAUGUACUACUGAAUGACAGAAAAGCCAUCUGUGUGUCCAAAACAAAUAUAGUACCUUGAUUUAUGUUCUCAACCCAAAUGUACAUAAAUUUAACUAGAAUUAAAUACUUUAUUAUUAUGAUUAUUUAAGUUGUGUUUUCUGUAUACCAUGCGUAUACCAUGUGUGUACUCCCCUAACUAUUCAGCCCGUGUUCCCUUUCUGUAAUCAGCCAAGAAUAUAACAUUUCUGCGAAAGAACAAUAAAUAAAAAAGAAUU